AUGUCUAGGGCUGGCAAGAAGAACGAGUCUCCUCACCUCGCGCUCGUCGCAGGAGCGUUCGCAGGAGCUGUCGAGGGCGCUGCGACGUAUCCUUUCGAGUACCUCAAAACGCAGACCCAGUUUGCGCAUCGUACGGAUGGCAAGCCGCCUGGACUCUGGGCAAUCACGAAGCAGACGUAUGCUCGUCAAGGCAUCCUCGGUUUCUACUCUGGCGUUGGAGCACUGGUGACGGGCAAUGCGCUCAAAGCGGGAGUGCGUUUCGUGUCGUAUGACCGGUUCAAGCAGAUGUUGGUCGACCAGGAUGGACGACUGAGCGGUCCUAGAAGCCUGCUUGCCGGUCUCGGAGCGGGAAUGAUGGAGGCUGUCUUCGCUGUCACGCCGUCCGAGACGAUCAAGACGAAGCUGAUUGAUGACCAGAAGCGCGAGGUCCCGCGGUAUCGAGGCUUGGUGCACGGCACGGUGUCGAUCAUCAAGGAGGAGGGCUUCCGUGGCAUCUACAGGGGUCUGGGGCCGGUCGCCGCACGACAAGGCGCCAACUCGGCUGUCCGCUUCACAACCUACGGAACGCUCAAGUCCUUCGUCUCGGGCAAUUCGCGACCAGGAGAGACUCUUCCGGCUGGCGUUACGUUCGCCAUCGGAGCGAUCGCGGGAUCCUUCCUUCGCAGCGUCAUCAAGACCCGUAUGCAAUCGCUCGAAGCGCGCUCCCAGUACCGCAACUCCUUCCACUGUGCCGCUCGCAUCUUCAGCGAAGAAGGCAUCUUCCGCUUCUGGCGAGGUGCAACACCUCGACUGGCGCGGCUGGUCCUCAGCGGGGGAAUCGUCUUUACCGUCUACGAGAAGGUCAUCGUGCUCAUUGGUGGGCGGGCCGUCUAG